UACAUUAACUGCAAACGUGGUAAGUAUGUGUCCCUGCAUCUUGUAUUGUCUCCGCCAACAGAAACGUUCCGUUCUCGCUACGCGGUCUGCUUCAACACAACACGCGCGUUCGGCUGUGCUAUUCACUGCGAACGACAUGGAACCAAAUGGGCUUACAAACGAACUCGUCUGAACUGCUUGUGAAUUAAUACAAUGUCCAAUUUUAAGGACACGAACUCUAUCCCAGACGGGUAUAGGGCUCUAAACACCAGUGAAUUGCAGGAGCUUUUACAAGAUGAAGAAAAAAUGGACCAGAUCGUCCGACUCAAUGAGAAGUUUCAGGAGCUGCAGGUGGACAGAGAGAUUCUGCUGACCUCCAACCGGAGCUUGGCCGAGGAGAGCCUCGCCAGGCGACCCCGCCUCAACAACGGCAAACUCCAGCUGGCUGAGAAAUAUAGGGAUCUGACCAAUGUGGCAACCGCCUGCCGGGAAAAACAGAGCCGGCUCGGUGAGUCUACAUGUGACCAAGAGAGGCAGAGGAGAAAGGACGAUUGUCUCUGUUUCUGGGUGUACAUGGAAUAUUGCUGUCAGCCAUGAGUCAGGAUUAAGAAUAUAAAAAUACAUCUGGAUAAGAAUUUAUGGAAAUAUAAUGUCUGUGUGAGGAGUGAUCAUAGACCAGGGAACGAGAGUUUGAUGAGCUGUUGUACCUGACUAUUUUUGAGGUAAGCCGCAAAAUCUACAAUGGUUUAUUAAUAACAUCUAAACAACCCCAGGGUGUGUGCCUUUGUGUCUGUGGAAACACAUCACAGAGAAUCACGGUUCCAUAACAACGCCCUAAUGUCGGCUGUUUCAUUUAUGAGGCCCGCGCUGAUCAGUGUCGCGACCUCUUGU